CUCUCAGAGAUCCUCAAGCUGGAGCAGAGGUGGCUGGCAGGCCCAGCCGAUUGUUGGCCUCUGUUUUCUUUCCACCGCCUGCUUCUUCUGACCGGAGACACAGCUGCUCUGAAGGGCUUAGUCCUGACACUAGGGUGACACGAUCGCGCUGAUGCCCGGAGUGCCCGCAGGGCUUCCAGCUAACCAUGCCCCAGCCGCCCGCCGCUGCCCUGGCGCUGCCCUCGCUACUGCUGCUGCUGCUGGUGCGGACGCCGCCCCCGACAGGCGCGCCGCGGUCCCCAGGCCCCGAUUACCUGCGGCGCGGCUGGCUGCGGCUGCUGGCGGAGGGCGAGGGCUGCGCUCCCUGCCGCCCAGAAGAGUGCGCGGAGCCGCGGGGCUGCCUGGCUGGCCGGGUGCGCGACGCGUGCGGCUGCUGUUGGGAGUGCGCCAACCUCGAGGGCCAGCUCUGCGACCUGGACCCCAGCGCCCACUUCUACGGGCGCUGCGGCGAGCAGCUUGAGUGCCGGUUGGACGCGGGCGGCGACCUGAGCCGCGGAGAGGUGCCGGAGCCUCUGUGUGCCUGCCGCUCGCAGCGCCCGCUCUGCGGAUCGGACGGCCGGACCUACGCGCAGAUCUGCCGCCUGCAGGAGGCUGCCCGCGCUCGGCCCGACGCCAACCUCACGGUGGCGCACCCGGGGCCCUGCGAAUCAGAGCCCCAGAUCGUGUUGCACCCAUAUGACAUUUGGAACGUGACGGGGCAGGACGUGAUCUUUGGCUGUGAGGUGUUUGCCUACCCCAUGGCAUCCAUCGAGUGGAGGAAGGACGGCUUGGACAUUCAGCUACCAGGGGAUGAUCCCCACAUCUCGGUGCAGUUCAGGGGUGGACCCCAGAGGUUUGAGGUGACAGGCUGGCUGCAGAUCCAGGCUGUGCGUCCCAGUGAUGAAGGUAUCUACCGCUGCCUGGCCCGCAAUGCUCUGGGACAGGUUGAGGCCCCAGCUAGCCUGACAGUGCUCACACCAGACCAGCUGAACUCCACAGGCAUCCCCCAGCUGCCAUCCCUGCAUCUGGUUCCUGAGGAGGAGGCUGAGAGUGAAGAGGGCGAGGAUUACUACUAGGUCUGCCGCCCUGGCCUAUGGGGGUGGGUGAGGGGGAUAGUAGUCAUCCCUGCUCUUGAAAAGACAUAAGAGGGGGAGCAGGGCCCUUUCAUUGCUUUAAUGCCCUUAAUAGGGGAGACAUGGUGGUGGUAAGUAGGGAGACAAAAGUUGGUAGAGGGUAAGGAGAGAGGCAGACACUAGGGGAAGUGGGAAGCAAAGGGGCCCAUGGAGGAGAUGCUGUGGCUGGGACAGUCUCCAGCGUGGAGCAACCAGGCAGAAGACAGCAGCUGCCUGCUGGUCCCUAGGCUGGGUGGGAGUGUGUGGGGGGGUGGGGGGGUGCAGAGCAGACACAAAGAGGCAGCCGGGAUCCUCCACUUUCCUGCCAGUCUUCCCUCCAGCUCUGCUCAGUCAGUCUUCUGAUCUACCCUUUGCCACAACGCCUGCUGUGAUUUUUCUAGUCCCUCACCUUUGCCUAGCCUCAGUUUACCCUCUCUCGAAGCUCACCUUCUAGAAAUUUCUCCCCUCACCUAAGUUCCAGUUGUACUUACUAACCGCAGUCCUCUUUGCUGUUGGCCAUUUGUUGUCUGGAAAAACAUAAUGGAGCAGGGUUUAGGCCAGUGCAGUAAGAUGGGCAUUUGAUCAUGUCUAACUUCUGUCCUUCUGAAAAAUUUGAGGCCAGGACUGUUUCUUAUAUUGGACAGUGCCUAGCACAGGACUAGGCACAGUUGGUACGCAAUAAAGAUUUCUGAACAAACAGAAACAGAUGCACAGGUGGUUCAUGCAGGUGUGCACAUGAAGACCACAUUUCCCUGGGAGGCUUUCCAUGGUAGUAGGGCACUGGUUUCCAGAAGCUGUAGGUCCUGCUCCCUAAGCACAUGCCUGCCAGAUGUACAGAGGAAGCUUGAGCUGGGGCGUACCCUGCCCUCUAGGGAGGAAGUCUGAAGCCAUCUGGUUGGAGGGAGGGUAUUCUCCCGGUCUGCACUCCAUUUGGACUGGACUAGAGUUAGAUUGCCUGCCCCGGCAGGUGGGGAACCAGGUCGGUGUGGGUAGGGCCCCAGUGUAAAAGUACAAACUGGAUGAAGGAGGGGAGAAGUUUGGCCACGAGUAUGGGCUGCACCCUAGGAUUCCCCUAGGAAUCCACCCAUUUUCUUGCUGAACCCAGACAAAGUCAGGUAAACCUGUUUCCUUAUCUGCCAACUGUGAGCUGUCCUAUCUGGCUGGGGGUCACUGACGGAGCCGCAGUUCCUGGCUCCCCACAUCUCUCUCCACGCUCGCUGUACCUAGCCUACUAGGUGAAGCCCAGUGUUUAUUGACUGAGUGAAGCAGA